AUGUUUAUCACUGUUAAAUUUGGAGGUAAAGCAUAUCGAUUUAUAAACACUUGUCCAACUAUAUAUUAUAAUUUUAAAGUUUAUGCUAGAUAAAGUUAUUUAGAAUACAGCUGAUUUAGCAGCUGUUUUGUCGUAUAAUUUUAUAAUCCGCUUGAAGGUAAAGCUUUCAUCUUUUGUCCAAUAUCAAAACAUUUUACAGUUUAUAUUCCACAGUAUUACACUUAGUAUAAACAAAUAUUAUAAUUUCAGUAGAAAGUCUACAGCAAGGCUGUGAAUCUUACAUAUCACGCGAAAAUUUCACACUCGAAUUAGAUAAAGGCUACUGCAUAUGACUCGGCCAAUGGAAACGGGGCUUGGUAGCGGGGUUUUAUCACUACUGUAUGGUUGGCAUAUUCAAAGCCGCAUGUCGUGAUCAGAUUGUUCAUUAUAGAUAACCGUCAAGAGUUAUUCAAUCCUCAUUGUAAAGUAUGUAUCUUGUUGGACAACAUUAAGGAGAGAUGUGAUCUCUUGAAAGAUGGUAAAAAUGCUGAAUCUUAACAGUGCAGGGGAAUUGUUACACACGCAAAAAUCUCGCAUAUUGAUGUAGCAUGAAGUCUGCCAACAAGCUGUCAACAAGUUGUGUUCGCACUGCUUGUCCCAAGUGGUCAACAAGUUUGGAACAAGCUGUUAACAACUUGUAACAAUUUUGUUGAUAGUAUUAUCAGACUUGUUGCAAGGUUGUUCCAACAAGUACGACACAGUCAUGAUAUAAAAAUAUUGUUACAACCUUGUGUCGUCAAUCUUGUAACAUCCUUGUUAUAUCAUGACUGCAUCAGACUUGUUAGAACAACCAUGUAACAAGUCUGAUAAUGCCACCAAGCUUGUUGCAAGUUGCUAACAGCCUAACGGCUUGUUCCAGACUUGUUAUUACAACAAGAAGGACCUCGUACCCAGGCUCUCUUGCAACCAGGAAGAAGCAGUGCGAAUACAACUUGUCGACAGCUUGUGAAGAGAUUUGUAACAUCAUGAUAAUGAUCAGUUCGCACAUGAAGCGCACGUGAAACGAAUGCUUCCAGUUUGCCUGUACCAAACACGACAGGGUUUCUUCGGGCACUUCCUGGCGCCAAACAAAAAAGCUCUAGCUGGAUCUUUGGAGAGAAAACAAUUUAGAUAUGUCGAAUAUGCAAAUAAAUAUAUAGUUAGGUUAGAAUAGCCUUUCCUCCCGUAUUAACACUGGGCUAAUGUCAAUGGGGGAUGGUCGUUCUUGAAUUUUUAAAAAGAAAAAGUUUAGAACUUAUAGUAAGAGCGAUCAAUAAUAAAGUCAUCAGUUAAUAGACAAAUGGCAUGGAACAAUGGAAGAAUUCAUUUUUUUCUCUAGAUGUAAUUGAUCUUUCAGACCAAACUGGUGCUCGAAAAAAUCUGUUAUCGAAUCCUGCGGACUAUGCUAUCAAACAUAUGGAAGAAAGAGACACACUUAUCCUUGUAAAAAUUGAAAGUGAGUUAUGAUCAUUUCGAGUUGUAACUGUCCUUUGAACGAGUUCAGAGUCUUCCCUCGAAAUGUCUUCAUUGUAGAAUAUUACCUAUACACUGGACUCCCACAUUUGAAAUAUUUUCCAGUAGUUCAGACACAAACUACGGCAAUGUAUUGUAGAAUACUAGCAAUAUUACCUACACUGCAUGGACCACUACGUUUGAGGUAAGGUUGUUCAGACAUAAACCAUGUGAGCUUAUUUUAGAAUACUACUUACACUGACCCCCCCCCCCCCAUGCACAUGGCCACAUUUGAGAUAUCUUUUUCAGGUAGUUCAGCGACCGCAAACCAAGCUCAUUGUAGAAUGCUACCUACAUUGAGAUUAAUCCACAUUUUAGGUAGUUCAGACACAAAUUAAACCAUAGUUAAUAGAAUAGAUGGUUUGGAAAUUCAUUAGAAUAACAAUAUAACUCACUAUCUAUGUUAGUGAACGUUUAUUCAUAAAUCUGGUCUUUCACCGUCACGUGCGUAUUGUAUUUUUGCCCGACUAACCAAUAGCAAUGUUUUAGGAAAGUUACCUAUCCGUGACUCGAACAAUAGCGUAAUUGGAAAUUGCUACUGGUCGAUAUGGCAAAAAUACAAUACACACGUGACGAUGAAGGAACAUAUUUAUGAAUAAACGUUGACUAACAUAGAUAACGAGUUAUGUUGUUAUUCUAAGGAGUUUUCAAACAAUCUAUUCUAUUAACUAUGAUUAAACCAAUGCAGCUCAUCGUAGAAUACUACCUACUGUACACUAGACUUCUACAUACUGGACAGUGGCGUAACGUUAUAUCAGGGGGCCCCCGGUUCAAAAUUUCCGAAGGCCCCCCUAGUAGAGGUGCCAAAGGCACGAGUCGAGCGCCGUAUAUGCACGAGUUUUCUAGGGGGUCCAGGUCAUGCCAUUUCCUGGACUUUGGGGAGAGAUUUUACUGAUGGUCAUAAAACGACAUUGUAACAUAUCAGAGGCCCUGGCCAAUGUUUUUGCCCUAUCGCCUAAGCCUGGGGGCCCCCAUUUGAGUUGGGGGCCCCCGGGUUUACCCGGUCUGAGCCCAUAGUAGUUACGCCACUGAUACUGGAUACACAUACACUGCUCAAUAGAGGAGUCAAAUCUAUUAAGUCGCAAAUGCACUUAAUUUAGUCUACCAAACUCCACCAACAACCAGAAGUGAUUGAAGAUUUUCUACGAAUCUUUUCAAUUAGGGUUUCCUGGCUCCCUGGACGAAACCUGCGUCCCUCUUUUACAUAGCUUACAAGGCAAUAAAGAAUUUCUGGGUAAGUUAUUGAUUUUUUAUUGAGUUAUUAAUUUUGCCACAACAAGCUACCAUGUGAUCAGUUAACGUAUGUGUGCAAUAUAGUGAAUCAAUUCACGUGAGUACAUCACACCAACACAGAAAAAAUCAUAGUGUAUCAAUUUUUUCAUUGAACAAGAUACAAAAAUCGGUAAAGGAAUUUUAUAUAUAUCUUUAGAAGUUAUUUUAAAGUGCAUAUGACAUGAAUUUUUUUAUUUUCUUAAGUGAAAGAACUCUUUAAGCUGUAGUGGAACUUAUUUUUCAGUUUCUUGUUUUCAUGGUUUGUUCCAGAGAUAUUUCAAUUUCUUUGGUAUGUAAAUGAGUGUGAAUAUGUCCGCUAGUUUAUGACGUCACGUUGGUUGCAAGCUCUUCAAAAUGGUUGAAUAUCACUGCUAUCAUCCCAAAUGAUAAUUUGUAACUUCACUCACUGGUAAAUGUAAUAAAAUACUGAAGAAAAACGUGAACUGAUAUCUACAGUUUUUAGAGUUAAUAGAUUUAUAACCAGUGUAGGUUGAGCUUGCAACCAACGUGACGUCAUAAAUUAGUGGACAUAUUCACACUCAUUUACAUACCAAACAAAUUGAAAUAUCUCGGGAACAAACCAUGAAAACAAGAAACUGAAAAAUAAGUUACACUACAGCUUAAAGAGUUCUUUCAUUUAAGAAAAUGAAAAAAUUCAUGUCAUAUGCACUUUAAUUACGCGAAACUAAGUUGUUAUCUUAAUAUCACUUGAAAGUCCUCAUUCACGACGGUGAAAUUAUUCGCGAGAAAUUGUGUAUGCGAAAUACGGAUGGUAAAUAUACAUGAACUUGCGGUUAGAGCUCGACAACUGGCCUCUGUAGCUCAGUUGGAUAGAGGAGGAUCCUGAAGGGGUAAAGGGGAACUGGGAUUUGCUUAUUAUUGGACUGGUAAAUGGAUUCGAGUUACUGACACUUGGAAUGAAAGACACAAGUAUGGGAAUAAGAAAACCAAUGUACCAUCAUAAAGACCAACUGUCUGUAGUUGGAUAUUUCAGAGUGAAAUAACUUUAAGAACAUCUAGCUACAGAGCAAUUUUUGAUACAGAAUUUGUAUAAAAAAGGUCCAGGAAUACUGAAUUGAACCGACUUAUGGCUCAAUGAGGUAAUUUUUUUUGCUAUUGCAAAUCAAAGAUAUACCUUUUCCUCGGAAAAAAACUGGUUCUAAAAGGGGCAAUUGAACGCAAAUUGUGUUUAAAAGACAUCACAUUGAUGAACCAUCUGCACUGGAACUUUCUUUCAAUUUCACAGGGGAUUUGAUAAAAGGGCUGGAAAACUGGAUUUAAAGAAAAUUCGAAUUGGGAAAUGGGAUCUCGAACCUCUUAGAGCGCUGCAACUGAAUCGCAAGACUGUAGCCGUAGGUCUGAUUUCUGCCAGAGGGUUUAUUAAUUGUUGCAUUUUUUUUGUAACUGUUCCUGAUUAGGUCCAAUAAACAAGACCCUUCGUAUUUUUUUGUAGAAAAACUAAACCAAAAGAUGAAUGUGGACCCGAACUCUCAACAAGACGGUGCGGACAGGCUGAAAGCGAAUACACAUGGUACGAGGAGAUCGAGUGUGAACGUCAGAAAAUCAACAUCGCAGAAUCUUUUUGGUGCAAAGAGAAAUAAGACACGAGGAAGAAGUCAAAGUCUGGCUUUUGGAACAGGGACCACACUUCUUCCCAAAAACUUUAAAAAAUAG